GGAAUAAAUCGCCACAGUAAACAACUGCAACAGAAACAACCGCUUAGAAAAAGUGUAGUAGGCUAGAAAUAUUUGGCGCGGGAAAAACAUCAUGUGCCUCACAUUUCUAUUAUAAAUUUAUUCUCUUGUUCUCGUUUUUCGAAAUUUAUUCUGAGGACAAUGUAAUGGGGACGAAGUCCCCAUUUGGCGAGGAUAAGGAAUCGAGGCGGCCCAUGCCGCCAAGAUGACGCAAUCCGAGUCCACCGCCGACCCGCCGUCGGAAGCGGCGGUGUCUCGCACGCAAACCUGGGAUCCACUGAUUGCCCGGUUAGUUUGAAACAUAGGAUACGAUCCUUUAGCAAUGUCCGACCGAGCUCUAGCGAGCGUCGGACGGUAUACGUCUGCCCGGGGCGUUACGUUUGCCUGGGGCGAUACGUUUGCCCGGUUAAUUCUUGUUUUGAAAUACAAUACCGCGCCACAAUAUUUAUAGCCUACUACACAUUUUAUAAGCGGUGGUUUCUGUUGCAGUCGUUUUCUGUGGCGAUUUAUUCCGGGAACCCAUUUCAACAGCGAGCGAUGUAGCUUUUGUUCUGAUAUAUGCGAUGAGGAAUUUCGUCAUACGCUGGUCACACCUCACCAUGAAGAGCAAAAGCUAAAGACUAUGCUGCAGAAACUGGGCAGUUUCACACCCCAGUUGAGCAGUUAUCUCACGUGUGACAAAUGCCGUCAACAUCUCAUAAUUUCCCACAACAUUCCCGAGAACUGUUUCCAAAGUUUCCCAAGCGCUGGCGACAUCAGCAUCAAAAUGGAACCAGAAUUAAUGAUUGACGAUCACGAGCUGCUGGAUAACGAUCAAAUUGUUGAGACAGACCCAACGGUGGACUUAGGGCCAACUCAACAGAGAGUCAAAACACAAAUCGAGGGAGAAGAAGGAGAGAUGUUCUUCAUUAGCGAAAUAGACCAGGAAGACGACAAUAUAUCACUGACUGCUAGGACAAAUACACAAAGGAAAAGUGAUUUGAAUGUUUUACAGAAGAAAGUUCCAUCAACUUCAGUCCGUCAUAAAUGUAAGGGAGGCUUCGCCGACGAAAGGUCGACGAAAGGCCCCACACGAUUACACUCGGGAAAGGAUCCGCUUAAAUGUGAAAAAUGUGAAAAAACAUUUCGCUCAAAAUUGGGACUCAAAUUGCACGUUCGAACUCAUACGGGUGAACGUCCUUAUUCUUGUUCCUAUUGUCCAAAAGCGUUCAUGGACACUUCAGGCCUCCGAGCGCACAUUCGAACCCAUACAGGUGAACGUCCCUAUGCUUGCCAACAUUGUCCGAAAGCGUUUAAGAACCAUUCAGCGCUGCAAGUGCACAUUCGAACCCAUACAGGUGAACGUUCCUAUUCGUGCCCACACUGCCCGAAGGCAUUCAGGCUUUCAACAACGCUCAAAAUACACAUUCUGACUCAUACGGAUGAACGUCCCUACACUUGUCCACAUUGUCCGAAAGCGUUUAGGAGUCAUUCGGCGAUCCAAACGCACAUUCGAUCACAUACGGGUGAACGCCCGUAUGUUUGCCCACAUUGUCCGAAAGCGUUGAAGAGUCAUUCAGCACUCCAAGCGCACAUUCGAACUCAUACGGAUGAGCGCCCUCAUUCUUGUUCAUAUUGUGCGAAAUCUUUCAGCCUACGUGCAACGCUCGAAGAGCACAUUCGAAUUCAUACGGGUGAACGUCCCUAUUUGUGUUCACAUUGUUCCAAAACGUUUGCGCAAUCUUCAAAUCUAAGAAGACACCUGAAAUCACACGGUAAAGAUGCAGGUGGUUUAGGGCAGGAAUCAUCGGUGACCGUAGAGAAAGAGAUAUUCAUUAUUAGAAUAAAUCGAACGAUUAACCGACGUCUCUACGCACGCCAAGCAGUGAAGACGCGGAUUGCAGAUCGCAGAUUGAGCACACGAUGUCGAAGCAUUCUUCGUGACCGACUGGACAACAUCGUUACUGAAUGAGCUGGACGACGAUGGAUCGAGUGGCCGGAGGAGUGGAGUGGAGGAGUAAUUGAAAGAGUUAUGGCUCAAAUCGGGCCAUUCCUUCUUCGGGUUUUGCGCUUGGUGGUUCUGGAAAGAACAUGUUCAUAAAAAGUGAAUAGUAAACUAAUUCAUUUUCCAGGUAGGUAGAUAGGUAAGUAUUCACGCAGGAGAAGAAAAUGAAACAAUAUAUUUAAAAAUAUAUUUAACAAAAGCUGUUCCCUUUGUACAGUCCUACGUCACUUCGGUUAUGUCCCCGACAUUACCCACCCGUCUUUUUUUUAUC